GGAGUAGCUUGGUUUAGUUGAGAGAGCAGCUGCUGCUGGGGACGUUCUCUGACUCUGCCUGCCGUUUGCCCACCACACUGCUCUCUGGCUGCCUUUUAUUCUUCUGUUGUGCAUUAACAAAACUUUUCAGCUGCAAGAAUCAAAUACUGCAAGGGCAUGACUUAACAACUCUGUCUAGGUACUUCUUGCUUGAAGAGAGCAACUUAUCGCAGAGCCAGAUCUUUUUCAUAUUCCGGAAAGCUUUCUUGGAGUACAGAGCAAAGAUGGAAGAGGAACACUCAGCUCACCCUCAAGCGGGAAAACAGCCUCUUGCCAUCAAGGAUAGGAGCAGUGAUGAAUUGUGGGAAAGAACCGUGCAGAAGAUGCUGGGCGAGGACACCACCAGCUCAGCUGCAAAGCGCCAGAGACUCAGGCAGUUCUGCUACCAGGAGGCCGAGGGCCCCCGAGAGAUUUGCAGCCGAAUUCACAGCCUUUGCUGUCAGUGGCUGAAGCCAGAAAGGCACACGAAAGCUCAGAUCCUGGACCUGGUGAUUUUAGAGCAGUUCCUGACCGUUCUGCCUCUGGAGAUGGAGAGUUGGGUCAGAGAAUGCGGAGCAGAGACCAGUUCCCAGGCGGUGGCCCUGGCAGAAGGUUUCCUCUUGAGCCAGGCCGAGGCCAAGAAGCAGGAAGAGCAGCAGGGCCAGAGGCGAUCAAAAGUGGAUCCUGAUUUCUCCGAGAUAGGGAAGGCUCCAUCACAUCUCGGAGAGACACCACUGUUCAGGGGGAUUGUGCAAGAAAGUGAAAGGGGUGACACCUCGCUAGGUGGUGAAAUCACACUGGCUUCUCACUCCAGGACUUCUCUGCUUCGUGACAGAGUGGAGACAGCUUCUGUGCAGGGUCCAGUGACCUUGGAGGAGGUAGCUGUGAAUUUCUCAGAGGAGGAGUGGGCUCUGCUGGAUCCCGGCCAAAGGACUCUGCAUAAGGAAGUCAUGGAGGAAACCUGUGGGCAUUUGGCCUCUCUGGAUGAUGGAGGUGAGAACAGGAAAGAGUGUGAACUGCAGAGAAGGAAAACCGAAGCAGACUAUCUGUGGGUGAAGAAAUCUGCUGCUUCCGAUUCCUCUGACUUCCAUGAAGUUCCAGUCCAAAAAACUGAUUGCAAAGGAAGAAGAAGGAAGAAUCAGAUCAUUCAUGUAAGCGAGAAAAAAUAUGACUGCUCAGAGUGUGGAAGGAGUUUCAACCAAAGCUCAGACCUUACUUGCCAUCUAAAAAUCCACACAGGAGAGAAAUCAUAUCAAUGCUUAGAGUGUGGAAAGAGCUUCCGUUCCAGACAAGGUCUUAUUUAUCAUCAAAGAGUACACAUUGGGGAGAAAGCACAUCAAUGCUCAGUGUGUGGAAAGAGCUUUAGCCAGAGCUCAAACCUUACUUCCCAUCAAAGAAUUCACACUGGAGAAAGACCAUAUCAAUGCUCAGUGUGUGGAAAGAGCUUCAGUCAGAGCUCAAGCCGUAAUGAUCAUCAAAGAAUCCACACAGGUGAUAAACCUUAUAAAUGCUCAGAAUGUGGGAAAAACUUCCGUUGUAAACAAGUCCUUACUUACCAUCAAAGGAACCACUCAGAGGAAAAGCCAUACCAGUGCUCAGUGUGUGAAAAGAACUUUAACAAGCUUUCAGAACUUACUUGCCAUCGAAGAAUCCACACAGGAGAGAAACCGUACCAGUGCUUGGAGUGUGGAAAGAGUUUCACUCAGAGCUCAAACCUUACUUACCAUAAAAGAAUUCAUACAGGGGAGAAACCAUAUCAAUGCUCAGUGUGUGGAAAGAGCUUCAGACUCAACUCAAGCCGUAAUGAUCAUCAAAGAAUCCACACAGGUGAUAAACCUUAUAAAUGCUCAGAAUGUGGGAAAAACUUCCGUUGUAAACAAGUCCUUACUUACCAUCAAAGGAACCACUCAGAGGAAAAGCCCUACCAGUGCUCAGUGUGUGAAAAGAACUUUAACAGGCUUUCAGAACUUACUUGCCAUCGAAGAAUCCAUACAGGAGAGAAACCGUACCAGUGCUUGGAGUGUGGAAAGAGUUUCACCCAGAGCUCAAACCUUUCUUACCAUAAAAGAAUCCAUACAGGGGAGAAACCAUAUCAAUGUUCAGUGUGUGGAAAGAGUUUCACCCGGAGCUCGAACCUUAUUUACCAUAAAAGAAUUCAUACAGGGGAGAAACCAUAUCAAAGUUCAGUGUGUGGGAAGAGCUUCAGCCAGACCUCAAGCCUUAGUGAUCAUCAAAGAAUCCACAUAGGAAAGAAACCGUAUCAAUGCACAGAAUAUGGGAAGAGCUUCUGUUACAAACAAGCUCUUACUUCCCAUCAGAAAAUCCACCAUGGGAGAACUGUAUAAAUUCUCAGAUAUUGUAAUCCCUUUGGACAACGGUUUACCUAUUCUCUCACUUCUAUAAAUCACAUAGAUCCAUUUCUGCCUAGGAGACCAUUUAGCAAAUGGGAUUGAGAAGCAGUGAUCACUGAGGAUGGUCUUGUUGUUUUGGAAUAAGGCCCAAUGCCAGGAAAUUAGAGCUUUGAAAUAUGAGUAGAACCUCUUAGAUGGAAUUUGUUGGGGAAAUAGCUGUUGACGUGAAAGCUUGAUAUAAUAAUAUAUCUAUUUGUAUAUGUGUAUGUGGUGAAUAGGGGGGAAAAUUAGGCCACACCAUGAAGUGUGGCAAAAAAUGAUGCAAAAGUAAAAUAGAGAAAGAGACAUUGGUCUUACCUGUGAAAAGUUCUUUUUCUUAGUGUCUGAUUUUAUCCUUAUUAGUAGGUUGUGUUCCUAUAUCAUGCCUCAGGAAGACAGGAAGUAACAUUACAAGUUGCAUGCCCUAUCCGGUAGCUAGAUAGGCGGCAUCCAAUACCCCAGUUCCGGACUGUUGAGCCAGGCAAUAGCGACCUCUAUUAGAGGAAAAAACCUUAGAAAAAAUAGAAUGCAGGAGAGAGAGCACAACAAGGCAGAGGAGGAAUAACCAUAAGUAAAUAGGAGGCUGGAAGGCUAUACAGGAUGGCAAGGAAGAUUAAAUAAAGGAAAGAAUACUGUACCCCGGGAGUCACUGCCUCCCACUACUGUGCCCAUAGCCAGAUAUUGUCGGCGGGGGUGCCGGAUAAAAUCAGAUACUGCAAAAAAGAACCUUUCACAGGUAAGACCAAUAAUUUUUUUUCUGCAGUUGUCUGAUUUUAUCAUUAAUAUUGGGACAUGCCCAAGCAGUGAGAAGAUGAAGGGAGGGAGAAGUGGACAUUAAACCACCUGUUGUAGGACCUUGCGGGCCAUGAUUGCCUGAUCCGCAUGGAAUGGAGGAAUCUUACAGUGUUUGAUGAAGGGGGAGAUGGACGCCCAUGUAGCGGCCUUACAAAUGAUUUGGAGAGGGGCAUUGACUGAGAAGGCAGCUGAAAUGCUGGUGCCGUGUGUAGAGUGAGCUGUGAUACCUCCCGCAAUGGGGAGAUGCAGAGUUUAAUAAACCAGGCAGAUAGUGGCCCUGAUCCAUUUGACUAGGGCUACAUUGGAAACCUUAAGGCCCAGAGUUCUGGGAUAGAAAAAUAAGAAGAUGGCGUCUGAUUUACGAUGGGGUUUGGUUCGAAUUAGGUAGAUCCUGAGGGCCCUUCACACGUCUAACAUGUGCCAGGCCUUCUCCUUGGGGUGAGUCAGUUUUGGGCAGAAGGAGGGGAGUACCACUUCCUGAGAUCUGUGAAAGGUGGAAUUGGGGAUGAAGGUGGGAUCUAGGCGUAGAAUGACUGCUUCCUCCAUAAAGGUAAAAAGAUCCUUGUGUGCCAAAGCACUGCCAGUUCGUGUCUUCCUCGGCGGUGCCAGAGAAAGACCUCAGUAGACGGCUGGGGAAAUCCACCAGCAUAGAGAUUGACUGACCUUUGUGGAAAUUGGGAGCUUCUCAUGGGUCUUGGAGGUGAUGAGCUCCUGAAAUGGUUGGAGGAACCACUGAAGUGGGCGGGAAUGCCACUGGGCCCAUGGAGUGCACUUCAUGCAAGAAGUCAUGGAUCUGAGUAGUUGAGCCAAGGUGGUGAGCUCUGUCCAAGGGUUGGACAGCAGGGGCUGGACCAGAUCCGCCAUCUUGGAUAUGCGUUCUGGUGACAGCGAGCUGGUGCCCUGGGCCGUGCUGAAGAGGGCCACGAGGUGCAGGAGGCUUUAGGGCACGAGGUGGCUCUUCUGUCAGUUGAUCACAAAACCGUGGGAUGCCAGGAGUUGCAUGGUUCUCUGCACAUCGUUGUGUGCCUGUGUGAGGGAUGGGGAGCGAAUCAGCAGAUUGUCCAAUAAAGGUGGACAUGUAGUGCCUCCUCCCGCAUCCUGGCUAUUAGGGCGACCAUGAUCUUGGUAAAUACCCUGGGAGCUGAAGACAGGCCAAAGGGCAUGGCUGUGUAUUGAAAAUGUUUGUCUCGGAUCUGGAAGCACAGAUACUUGCAGUGGCACAGAUGGAUGUGGAUGUGGAGAUAUGCCUCCGACAAGUCUAUGGAUGCCAGGAACUCCCUUUUGCGUACCGCCUCCUUGAUAGUGCAGAGGGACUCCAUCCAGAAAGAUCAUUUCUUGAUGAAGCGGUUUAGGCGUUUGAGAUCGAGUACUAUUCUCCACGAUCCGUCCUUCUUUGAAACUAGGAAAAGAAGGGAGUAUGCUCCUUGGAAUUGUUCUUCUGGAGGAACCAGUUUUAUGGCGUGUAUCUGAGUCAGAUGAAGGAGAGCUUGAGCUAUCCACUGAAGCUUGAUCGGAUUCUUGGGGGAGGUGGGAGGGUGUGAAAAUCAUAGGGCUGUACAGUGAAUUCCAAUCAGAGGCCCUGGGUAACGAUCUCCAGUACCCUUGCGUCUGAAGAGGACUGGGUCCAAGCUGCUGCGAAGAAACUGAGCCGGCUUCCAACAGUCAUUGUUUACAACUCUGCUGGGGUCCAGGCCUGAAGGUUUGUCUGGUGGACUGGAAUCUUUUUUCCCCUCAGAAUCUCUGUUGCUGUCCUGGUUGGUGCCAGUUGGUUCUGAAGGAGCCAUGGGGGGUCCCUGGUCCCUGGGUGUAUAGGAAUAAGGUCUGUAGGUGGACCUGUAGGGACGAAAAUAAUAUAGAGUUUUGAUCCCUGGCCUGGGGAACUCCCUGCGGGAUGUGGACAUAGCUUUCUUUUUAUCCCUGGUUUCCACUAGGACUUGAUCUAAGGAUUCCCCAAAAGGUUUAGCCCCUGUAAAAGGAGAAUCUGCCAAAUUAAGCUUAGAUUUAUGGUCUACUCUCCAAUUCUUUAACCAUAGUGAUCACCUCACUGCCACCCCAGCCGCCAAAGACCGCAAAGCAUGUUGUAUGCAGUCUAAACUGGAAUUUGCUGUGAAGGCUGAGGCCUUGGCAAGUUUAUUAAUGCCUUGUCUGAGUUUGUUCUCCAGGGGAACAAAUUGAUUUAACUCCUUUGCCCAUAGAACUGCGGCCCUGGAAAAAAUGGAAUUAGCUGACGCCUCCUUGAUAACAGUGGCCGCACCGUCGUGGACCUUAUGGAGUAGGAAGUCAUUCUUCUUAUCUUCCGGGAUCUUCAGUUGCUCAUCCCCAUAUUUGUUCAUUAAGGUACCCGAGACCAAUUGUGCCACUGGUGCAUGCACAACAGGAGAGACUAGAAGAGACAUAUCAUCGGGAAGAGUAUACAACCUCUUAGGGCACGGGGUAGUAGGCUUAGAUGCAAAGGACACCUUCCAUUUGGCCACCAUGGCUUCCCUGAAAAGAGUGGGGGAGGGAACAGGAGAGGGAGAGGCGGAGGUAGAAGGGAAGACCGCCUGGUCAAGGCAGGACUGAGCUGGAGCAAUGGACUCGGGUGAAAUGUCCUUAAUGGCCCAGCGUGCUUUAGCCAGAAGCACUUCAAAAUCCACCUAUUGAAAAAGUCUGAAGGAGCUGGUUGGAGGAGAUUGUCCCUCCUCUUGAGAUAAUUCACCCUUCUCAGUGGAAGAUGAAGCAGAGGAGUCCUCAGACUGGGAAGGCAGGGGCUUGGAGGGUGGGUGGAGGUGGGAGAAUUAGAAUGGGAAUGGCUUUUGGGUCAGGAGCGAGGGGUGAGGGAGGUCAUUUUUUGAUAGGCGAAGCUGAGCACCUUCAUCUGAAGAAGAGGCUGGGUGUAAAGGGGCAGCAGGCCUUUUAAUUCUGCGUUUUCUGGGUGGCCCAGGACAAAAUUGUCCUUUUUCACUUGCGGGAAUAACUCCCCUAGUAGGACUGGAUCCUGGAUAGGAAGAGAGAGAAAUUGGCCUGUGAGCCUGAGUUUUAGCCUUAGGCGGGUUAGUAGCAUUGGUGGAUAGUUCAGACCAUAUAAACUCUCUAAGCCAGGAUUCAGAUUCAGGAGCAAGCUGUUUGAAUUGCACAUCCAAAUGAGGAUUAGUGUUACAUUUGGAAGAUUCUGGUGUGCAGGAUCCAAACCGGUCCCGGCAGAGCUCAGGCUAGUGGUGGUGGUGGAGUUAGGCAAUUGAGAUAUGGAGGGAAGGUCCAUGGAGCCCGGUUCCCUCUCCCCCAGGAGCUCACCAGAUAGCACAUUCGUGGGCAUGACUGGUUGCCCAUCCCAAGAUUAGUAGCCAUGACGCCUCCUUGUGCUUAUAGUAAGGCUGGAGGCAGGCGUUUGGGGAGUCGCUGCUGGCAAACUGCCUUUAAAAGUAAGCGUUUACUGAGGUGUACCCCUGGUAGUUUCACUUUCAGUUUGUUGCGCCUUUGUCUCUCCACGCUAGGUUUUAGCUUCUUUGAAGCUUUGGCGCUUUCCUCCUUGUGUUUUUUUUUUAGCAUUUUUAGAGGAUUUACGGGGCAAAGCCUCCACCACAAUAGCUGGCAGAUCAGUCCCCAGUGAUAGCCCUGUAGCGAGAAUGGAGCUUAGAGCGGCAUCGGGAAGGCUGGGAGCGGGGCGUUUGUUGCCGCGGGAACCCUUUUCACGGGCUUUCCCUCGACCGGCAGCCAAUAUCAUUUCGGAGGGAUGUCCCUCUGAGAGGGAGCCCUCCAGCAAAUCGCCGGCAUGAGUGGGAUUAAUUUGGAAAAGCGGAGGGCGGGGGGAGCCCAACAACUAAAAUAAUAUAACCAAAAAGAAUGAGCCCAAUAGUCGAAUUGAGAAAAUCAAAAAGUACUUUAGAGUUUAGUCAAAUGAACAGAAAAAAAUGACUCCCUUCCUGCCGGUGCACACAAGAAAA